AUCUCUGCUUUUUACUACCAGACUCCCCCUCUCUCUCUCUAUCUAAGUAUUUCUCUCUAAAAUUUAGCUUUCAAAACCCUAGCCUAGUAGCCUUGGACUUGAAGAAGAAGUAUGCAAAUUUCUGGAGUCAUAGCGGACGUAUCGGUAGUUAGUCCCUCCACCGGCGGCUUCAAGUCCCCGGAAUUGAGGCAUUUUCACACAUUCUCCGAUUCAAAGCUAUUUCUUUCUUCUGGAAUCAUCAGAAGUUGUCCUUCAUACUCCUUUCCAAAAUUUGGAAUCAGGUCAUUCAAGUCCCUAGCAAGAGGUUUAACAGUGAGGGCAUCAGGGAAUUCCGGUGACAAUUUGGUGCCCAUUGCUCCUCUUGGAUUUGAAUCCCCUGUUGGUCAGCUUUUGGCACAAAUUUUGCAAACCCAUCCACAUUUGCUCCCUGCAGCCAUUGAUCAACAACUUGAGAACCUUCAGACUGAUAGAGAUGCCCAGAGAGAAGAAGCUAAACUUUCAUCACAAGAUCUCCUCCUCUACAAGAGAAUAGCUGAGGUCAAGGAGAAGGAAAGGCGCAAGGCAUUGGAGGAGAUAAUAUACUGCUUGAUUGUACAGAAAUUUGUAGACAAUGGAAUUUCAAUGAUCCCAAAAAUAUUGGCAACCUCAGAUCCUAUUGGCAGGGUAGAUUUUUGGCCAAAUCAAGAACAGAAACUUGAAUCUGUGCACUCUGCUGAAGCAUUUGAGAUGAUACAGAGCCACUUAUCUAUUGUCAUCGGGGAGCCGGUCGUGGGACCCCUGGAUACCAUUGUUGAGAUCAGCAAAAUCAAACUUGGAAAACUGUAUGCUGCUUCCAUUAUGUAUGGGUAUUUCCUGAGAAGAGUUGACGAGAGAUUUCAACUCGAGAGAUCCAUGAACACCCUUCCUGAGCGUAUAAAGAAAAACCAGAUGAGAUUUGACGAUCCAGCACCAGCAAACCAGCUCUGGGAUCCAGAUUCAUUGAUACGGAUCCCACCUGACGAUGGAGACGGAGAGAGCUUAAUGGAUUCUGGCGAGGAAAAGUCGUAUAGGUUGAGAUCUUAUGUGAUGUAUCUGGAUGCAGAGACACUUCAGAGAUACGCAACCAUAAGAUCCAAGGAAGCUGUUUCUUUGAUUGAAAAGCAAACUCAGGCACUGUUUGGGAGGCCUGAUAUUAGGAUUGCCCAGGAUGGAUCCCUUGACACGUCUAAUGAUGAAGUUGUUGCUGUCACAUUCUCUGGAUUGACGAUGCUGGUAUUGGAGGCGGUUGCAUUUGGAUCAUUUUUAUGGGAUGCAGAAGGCUAUGUUGAAUCCAAGUACAACUUCAUAAAAAGCUAGAGGUGAGUUUCUUUUGUGAGGGGGUGUGGUUUAUAACCAUUUGUUUUUAGUUUUGUAAAUGUUGAAAUCCUGCUAAUCCGGCAUUUUUAUGUCCAUUUUUUCGUCAUGGACAAACAUGAUCAAACAAGAUAUCAAUGUUCAUAACAGUAUAUAUACCUUCAACAUAACAAAGUCUUCUCUUUGGUGAA